ACUCAUGCAUUUUACACAGCCAGCUGACACUAAUCUCAAUGUGUAUCCAUAGUCUGCGACUUUCUUGUUCCCUGCAUGAGACUCAAGCUCCCGCGGUGCCACUGAUCGAUGUUGAUCUGAAGGAUAACUCCUGUUUAUGUGUAGGAUUAGACAGACAGUGUGACAGAGUAGAUCUCUGCGCUCAUGGAUUGCCUUGACAGAUCCCCCGGGCAGUUCAGGAACUUCAAGAAGGACGACUUUGAGGCUGACUGGAUUAAGGUGGCAGAAUGUCGAUUCGGUCAGCUGUACCAGGUCAAGCUGAAGCUAAAGGGGGAAAAAUGUGCCUUGAAGAGCUUUGACACACCCUUAUGUGCAACAAACUUUUACAGGAGAAUAAUAGAGGAGGCGCCCAACCUGGCAAAAGUGAAAUCCAGGUAUAUUGUCUCCGUCUAUGGACUGUGCAGUGAGGCGACUGCUGUGGUGAUGGAGCACAUGAGUAAUGGAUCGCUGAACAAUCUCCUAGCCAGUCACACUUUGAUGUGGCCAAAGAAGUUUCAGAUGAUUCACGAGGUCUCGAUGGGAAUGAAUUUCCUUCACAGCUUGAACCCUCCACUACUCCAUCUAAACCUCAAGACAUCCAACAUCCUACUAGAUGAUCAUCUCCAUGUCAAGAUAUCCGAUUUUGGUUUAAUCCACUGGAAAGAAGGCAUGAGCAAGAAGUUGUUUAUGGAGCAGCUGACAGUCAGAGGGAACAUAAGUUACAUUCCUCCAGAGACCUUCACUCAGUCCCCCGAUCCUCCAGGAACGUCCUUUGAUGUUUACAGCUUUGGAAUAGUGAUGUGGGAGAUUCUGACGCAGCAGAAACCAUAUGCAGGGUGCAGUAUGACCACAGUGCUCUUACAUGUGUCUCAGGGUAAGAGACCCAGUGUGGAGUUGAUGCCCGAAUCAAAGCCCCCUGAGUGUGAUCAGAUGAUCGGCAUCAUGAGGCAUUGCUGGGACCAGGAUCUCAGGAAGAGGCCACAGUUCUCAGACACUGUGAGGGAGACAGAGGCCCUGAGUGACAUCCUGAAGAUCCCAGGACUAAUCCAAAGCCACCAAAACGACGACAAGAGCCAGAAGUCAGAUUAUCCUUGGCUCUUUUCCCCGAUACACAAAAUUGAUUUGCCUAUGAUGCCUGACCUUCCCACAGAUCAUAAGAGCAGCAUUCUCUCUUUUCUGUGCAAAAAGGACUUCGGUAGUUUUAACCAGUCUGUGAAAAGAGAGCAUGUGAAGACACAGUUCUCAGGUGAAAAGAGCCUCCUCCACUACACCGUAGCCAGCGGAGAUGCAGAGAGUGUCGAGCAUGUCCUGAGUCUGGGGGCUGAAGUCAACUGUACGACUGCCAGAGGUUACACUCCUCUCAUCGUUGCUGUUCUGCACAGGCUUCAUGACGUCAUCUCUUUGUUGCUGGAACAUGGUGCAUCUGCCACCCAAGGGGCUGAGGAUGAUUGGACAGCACUCCAUUUCGCUGCUCAGAAUGGCGAUGACAAGACUGUCCGUCUUCUGUUGGACAAAGGAGCUGUGGCGGAUGCCCGGGAAAAAGCUGGUUGGAUGCCCCUCCACCUGGCCUCCCAGAAUGGCCAUGAGACAGUGGUGCGCCUGCUGCUUUCACGGCUGCCAGAGAAGGCAGUCAGAGAACGGGAGGCACAAGGGAGGACUCCGCUCCACCUAGCCUCCGCCUAUGGGCAUCUUAAUAUUGCCAAGCUUCUCCUCUCUAAGGGAGCAGAUCCCAACGCUACGGACUGCUCUCUCUCCACCGCUCUUCACUUAUCAGCUGAGGAAGGCCACAACAGAGUAGUGAGACAGUUGAUGAAGAGUGGGGCGAAUAUAGACAGUGCAGACAGCAGAGGAUACACUCCACUUCACCUGGCUGCUCUGAAGGGUCACACAGGCAUUUGCAGGCAGCUGUUGUCAAAUGGGACAUGCCCAAACUCCAGGUCCCUCCAAGGCUGGACUCCCCUGCACCUGGCUGCCUUUAGGGGACACGAAGCCACAGUGGUGCAGCUGGAGAGUCAGGGUGGUUGUGUGAACGCUGGAGGGGAGAACGGCUGGACCCCACUCCACCUUGCAUGCUAUCAGGGUGGGCCGGAAGUGGUGGCAAAGCUCCUGGAAGCCAAAGCCGACCCAAACGUGUCCGAGGACAGUAAAGGAUGGACACCACUACAUGUAGCUUGUACCAGUGCCAGUUUACAAAGUGUCCUCCACUUGAUAUCACAUCAUGCAGAUAUCAAUGCGUUAAACUCAGGAAAGGCAACACCUUUACACCUCGCUGCACAGCAUGACUGUAAACCUAUUGUAAAUGCUCUGCUGCUUAAUUCAGCCGACAGGACUCUUCUGGACUCUUCUGGAUCCACAGCUCUGAAUGUGGCUCAGAGGUGUGAAAAGUUGGAAAUAGUACAACUACUGAUGAAGUAGUUCCGGUGAAAGCAUUAUGAAUGGAAUUGGAAUGAAACAAUAAUGGCACAUGUGGAGUAUUGUCUUCCUUUUUGGCUUUAGGUAGAUUAACAUUGUUGUUUUAUCAUUUUUAGAAUAGAUACACAAAGACUAAUAAUAGAUGUUCUUCAAGUAUUUUAUAAUAAAAAACCAAAAAAUAAUCCACCUUUUGCUCUACAAACAAAUUGCAUUUUGUUACAACUGCAUACCACGCAAGUUCUUAAAAUGUUCUGAUGCCCAAUUCAUUUUUUAUAUACAAAUUAAUAACACAUCAAAUGUAGGAACACUUAAGUGGAACAUGGGGUCAUCAUUAGGUGAAGUGCACCCAGUAAAGGCAACACAUUGAUUAUUCCUCUCUGAAACACCUUGCCUGCUUAUGCUUCCCUGUGGAUGCAAUUAAAGCUGCUGCUCCAUAUGGAUGAAAUGAGAUUAUAAAAGAGCCGAGUUUGUAAUGACUUACUGUAUUGAGGUAAUUAUUUAAUUAAACCUGACUCAAUGUGUCUAAUAACAACAUUACUAACUACAGUAGUAGAUCACCGUGACUGAGACAUGCAACAUAACUAUACAUCAUUAAACUCUGCCAUCUGUAUAAUACAUGUAUGCUGAAGGCAAGGUAACGUGGGUUAUGAGACAUUCCCUGCAGGCUGAACGAAAGCUCUGCCCAGUGUAUGCCCCUCUCAUUUACCACAGUGACACCUUAUUACAUUGAAAUGAAAUGCAUGGAUUAAGGAGCAGUAUUGACCUGUGCCUUCACAGGGUUUUCACUGAGACCACAAGAGACUGACUCAGAUGAAAGGGUGGUGGGUGAGCUGAAAUCGAAUUACAGUAAAUAAACAAGUACUUAUUUUACUUUUGCUUUC